AUGGACAACAUGAACUCUUUUGUGGAAUACUCUAUUUGUAACCGACCGGGCACCGGCGCUUAUUCUGCGCCUAAAUCUGGAUACCACCACCACCAUCAUCAUCUGCAUCACCACCACCAUCCUCUGGAUCAGCAUCAGGGCUUCUCGGUGGCCUCCGGCGCCUUCCACACGGGACCCGCCGGAUCUCCAGCUCUCGUUAACGGGACUCGAAGCGACAGCAGCGCAGGCGGAGCGAGUUACACCGGGGAUGGGAGGCUGUACGGGGGCACCGGUGAAGGAGUGCACGGGACCAUAGGGACAACCGAGCAUCAUCAGCAACAUCCCCAUCCUCAUCAUCAUGAGCAACAGCAGCAUCAGCAGACGCACAACGGCUACCAUCAUCAUCCUCACCUUCACCAAACGCAAAGCUUACAAAGCGGAAUCUUGUCUCCCUAUAAUAACGGGAGCAGCGGAAACACCGGGGCCUAUGCGGGUCAGGCGUGCGCCACAAACUCGGAGUACGCUGCUGCGACGGGCCCUCCCAACAGCGUUCACCCCCAGUAUUUCAUGGAGGAGUCUGUGGCCUCCACAUACUAUCAAUCAACCUUUCCCAGCUCUGCCCCCACCGUCGGCCCCAGCUACGGGGCCCUGGCCGGGGCCUAUUGCGGGCCUCAAGGCGCUCUGGCCGGGUCACAGUACCCGCAGCACCUUGGCGGGGGUUUGGACGCAGCGGGAUACCUGGGGCUUCCACACGGGGGAGGUUGCGGGGAGCUACCGGUCUCUCAGGAGCGAGAGAGGGGAGAUGAGGAGGGCCAGCAGGCCGGGCAAGGGCAAACCUUCGACUGGAUGAAGGUGAAGAGGAAUCCGCCUAAAACAGUCAAAGUGCCGGACUUCGGCCUCGCGGGCGCACACAACAACGCCAUGCGCACCAAUUUCAGCACGCGGCAGCUGACUGAGCUGGAGAAGGAGUUCCACUUCAGCAAGUAUCUGACGCGGGCGCGGCGCGUGGAGAUCGCCGCCACGCUCGAGCUCAACGAGACUCAGGUGAAGAUCUGGUUCCAGAACAGGCGUAUGAAGCAGAAGAAGCGCGAGCGGGAGGGCGCCUCCGCCACGGCGCGCUCCUCCUCCUCGGGCACGGACGGCGGGUUCAACAAGGAGCUGGAGGACACCGACCACUCCUCCGCCUCCACGUCUCCAGGCGCGUCCCCGAGCUCGGAGACGUAG